CUAUCAUCUGGAAGAACUUGAUCGCCAAAUAAGUGAGAGAAGAUAAAGAAAGUGAAUAGGAAAAUGAUGUUUACCGCUGGUGCCCAUGCAAAAAAGCGUAAUGCUGGUAGUGGUUCUGCCCGGAAGUCUGCUGCGGAUCGUAGGAGUCCGCAAACUCAUGUGAGCGCGGAAGGGUACACUUACAGGACUAGAAUUCCAAUAUUAAAUCCAACGGAUCUUCCACCAGCAAGCUCUAUAGGGAAAACGUAUGUAUACAAAACCAGAGUUCCCCGAAGGGACAUUGUAGUUGCAUCUUCUCCACGUGAAAUGAAUAAUAUCGGUGGGGGAGCAAUUACAAAAAGAAGAGGCGCAGUGAAACACAACAAAGUGCACGUGGUUCGAGGUCACAAAUUAGUUGCAAAAUUCUUCAGACAACCAACAUUCUGCGCUUUUUGCAAGGAUUUUCUUUGGGGGUUUGGAAAGCAAGGAUACCAGUGCCAAGGUAAAUAUUAAAUCGCGAACUGCGAUUUCUGUCUAUACCACGUUGCAUUUCUAUUAAUAUUAUCCUGCGUUUUAGCCUGCCAAACAGCGGUGCAUAAGAAGUGCCAUGAUAAAUUGUUAACCAAGUGCCCGGAAAGUGGCAGGCAAUCUGAGAACACGAUAUACUUGAGGGAGCGUUUCAAGGUAGAUGUGCCUCACAGAUUUCGGCUUCAUACAUUUAUGUCGCCGACGUUUUGUGAUCAUUGUGGUUCCAUGUUAUACGGCUUUUUUCGACAAGGUGUCAGAUGCGACGGUAUGUAAAAAAUUCACUCUUGUAUAUCUCUCAUUUUAUUCUUG